GUAAGAAUCUCACUGGAGGAAAGCUGGUGAUUGAUGUCAACUAUUUAUUCUUCCAUGUCCACCACGAGGCCAUCGACCUUUGUAAAGAGACAUCUUGCCCAGCUUCCGGUGAUUUCGUGAUUUCCCACUCACAAGAGUUGCCUGGAUUUACUCCACCUGGAUCAUAUACUCUUACAAUGAAGAUGGUGGAUGACAGGAAUAAGCAACUGUCCUGCAUAAGUUUUGGCUUCAGCAUUGGGUUUAUAGCCGAGUCCCAGGCGUUAGCAGCGGAUAGCUAGGUGGUCCAAGGACCUAGUAACAAAUAAUGUGUUUUCAAUAUUGUAAUUAAGUGACUUAAAGGAGUCUCUCCAAACUUUUUCUGUUUCUGCUUUAAUGUAUAAAUACUUGUAUUAUCUGGUUUAUGGCUUUUUCUUGUACAUCUUUAUACAGUAAUACUGCUUAUUUAAGCCAGAAGGGGUUAUUUGCGUUGAA